AUGGAGGAUCUCGAGAUGAUGGAUGACGAGCCUGCCGUCGCAUCUACCUCAUCUCAGGCCACGACGCAGGCCACCAACCCCUUCAGCCCUCUAAAGACACCCUAUCCUACCCCUAGUGGCGCCAACGCUGCACAGCUAAGCAACGACAACAACGUUCCUCACCUCAUUCUGACUACGGAGCACGGCGAGCAAGCCCACCAGCAUCGCAACACCAAAGCAAACAAGAAAAACAAGGCAAACAAGGUCCACAAGAUACCCCGUGUUCGGAAGCCCAAGAAAGUCCAAACUGCAUCGCUAAGGCUGCCACCUUUCUCCAGCCACCUACCCUUCGGUCACGACUUUGGCGUCUCUUCUGCACCUCACCAUGUCCAGCCCUACCUACACCUGACAAUCACCGCCGAAGACAUCUCCUCGGCCCUGACGGGUCCGAUCCCCGGCUUCAGCCAGCUAGACAAUGUGUCUACCAGCUUCACACCGCUGGUCUGCGCUAGUCUAGCCCGCUUUGUCAACCAGGCCGUCUUGUACGCCACCAAGGGAACGCGCCAGGACGAAAGCCACGGUACCGUCGACGUUAGCUCCGCACUCAAGGGUUGCCUGAGGGCCACUUUGCGCUCGCUCAUGCGUGCCCGGCCCAACUGCCCACGCCCAGCCCCAGCCCCAGCGCCCGGCGAGGAGGACAUAGAGUACUGGAACAGCGCGUCUGUACAGCUGAAGCGAUCGGUGACCCGCAUGUGGCUCCUUGCGCACACUUUAGCUCAGCUCAAGGAGAUAGUGCUCUCACAGCUGCGUGUCAUGGGAGUGCAGCUCGACCCUCAGGAGGACAAGAUUCUGGGAAAGACGGUGAUUGAGGCUGUCUCGCAGCCUACAAAGCACGUCCACGUGGCUAGACACUCUUUCCCUCUUCUCCCUCGCCAGAGACUCGUCUCAAGCUCACUUAUCCCUUCUUUUGCUUCCCAGUACCUCGAUCGAUACCUGCAAUACCGAGGCCCUUACUGCCCCGACGGCAAGGCUCUGAUGCUGCUGGUCAACCACUUCGUCCAGGCUCGCACCAACUAUCUCCAAGGGCUCAACCAGACUGCGUCCAGCUCUGCCUGCAACCCAAGCGGUUUCAUCGGCCCUAAUGGCUCCUCUGCUUGCGCCAAGCCUAAACCUCACCCCUCUUCCUUCAACUUCAUGGAGCUGGACGACUCUUCGGCGGAUGACGACUUCAAGAUGGACGAGAGUGAUAGCAGUGUGAACGACUCGGUUGCCGAAGUCGAGGACAACGUCCAGGUGGAUGGUGGUAGGGCCGAGGGAGCAGACCUUCUCUUGGUCGCGGCCGUCGAUCGCUGGAUCAAGUACAUCAGCCUUGACAAAGACAGCAUUAGUGGAAAUAUGCUGUCUUCUCUGAAUCUUUCCGACCCCUCGAGCAAUGGAGAGGGUAAGGAGAAGGGCAAAGAGAAGGGCAAGUGGAUGGCCAAGGCCGGUUGA